AUGGCGUCGAAUCCAAAUCUGAAAGCCAAUGGUUCGAGUUGUCGGCCCCAGACUACAGGAAAAAGUGGCAAUGUGCGCCAGAAAGUUCCUGGGACCCCUCAACAAAUCUUAACUGACUAUCAGCAGCAGCAGCAACAACAACAGCAGCAGCAACAGCCUCAACAACAACAACAACAACAGCAACAACAACAACAACAACAGUCUUCUAGUCAAGUUAUGCAACUAAUGAUGGUACUUCAGCAGCAGUUCAAUUCACAGUUACAUGACUUAAUAGAAAAGCAAAAACGAGAAGCUAUCACUGCAAACUCUCAACCUUCUGCGACUGUUGCUGCACACUCACAAUCUGCUGUUGUUGCUGCAUAUUCACAACCAACAAACCCUUUUAGCUCACCUCCAACAAAUCCUGUUAUAUCAAUGCAGACACAUUCUGAUAAUAUUAGACAUAUGUUGAGGGUAGUUGAAGGUUCUCUGCAGUCUGCAAGUGGUGAUUCUACAAAAUAUGCUCAUUUGAAAGACAUUCAGGCAAAAUUAUCACAAGACAUUCUACUGUGUAAGCGAGAUGAACUGCUGAGUGUUUCUCCCCCACCACCACCACCUCCACCAGGUCGUCCAUCUAAUCCAUUACCUGAUAUGGUUUACUACAAUCAUUUAAUAACUAAAUAUCCGACAUAUCAAGCUGCAUCUCUACAAUCUAUUGUAAACCAAUCACAGAAGAGUCCACAACAAUCAGAGUUUGUAGAGGGCAUUGUGGAUUAUACUGGUACUCAAUCAGAUCCUAUGAAACUGACAUCUGAUAAUAAUAGUAAAAGAAUCCACCAAGAGGGGUCAUCCUUAUAUCAGAGAACAAAAAGAAGUAUUUUGGAAUCUGGCAAUAUUUCUCCUGAUGAAAAUGCUAAGAAGAUAAAGCCAGUUCUUCAAGGUGUGAAUCCUAUUCCCACAUUUGGGCAAAGUCAGGAAUGUUAUAAUCACAUAGAUCCUCCUGGUCCUGGUCCUGGUCCUUGCCCAAGAGAAGUGAAUGUGAGACUUCAAGAGAAACAUCUACAGCUCAGAGAAUCGAAUGAACCUCCUGGUCCUCCCCCAAGGGAAUGGGAUGCCAGACAUCUAGAUGAACCUCCUGGUCUUCAUCCAAGGGAAUGGGAUGAUAGACAUCUAGAUGAACCUCCUGGUCCUCACCCAAAGGGAUGGCAUGCCAGACAUGGAGAUGAACCUCCUGGUCCUCCUCCAAGGGAAUGGGAUGCCAGACAUGGAGAUGAACCUCCUGGUCCUCACCCAAGGGAAUGGGAUGCCAGACAUCUAGAUGAACCUCCUGGUCCUCACCCAAAGGGAUGGCAUGCCAGACAUCGAGAUGAACCUCCUGGUCCUCCCCCAAAGAAAUGGGAUGCUAGACAUCUAGAUGAGCCUCCUGGUCUUCAUCCAAGGGAAUGGGAUGCCAGACAUCUAGAUGAACCUCCUGGUCCUCACCCAAAGGGAUGGCAUGCCAGACAUGGAGAUGAACCUCCUGGUCCUCCUCCAAGGGAAUGGGAUGCCAGACAUGGAGAUGAACCUCCUGGUCCUCGCCCAAGGGAAUGGAAUGCCAUACAUCGAGAUGAACCUCCUGGUCCUCGACCAAGAGCAUGGAAUGAUAGACAUCACAAUAGACCACCUGGACCUCACCCAAGAGAAUGGGAUGACAGGCAUCAAAAUGUACCUCAUAGUCUUCACCCAAGGGAAUGGGAUGGCAGACAUCGAGAUGAACCUCCUGGUCCUCCUCCAAGGGAAUGGGAUGCCAUACAUCGAGAUGAACCUCCUGGUCCUCCCCCAAAGGAAUGGGUUGCCAGACAUCAAGAUGAACCUCUUGGUCCUCACCCAAGGGAAUGGGAUAUCAGACAUCACGAUGAACGUCCUGGUCCUCACAUAAGGGAAUGGGAUGGCAGAUAUCAAGAUGAACCUCCUGGUCCGCGCUUAAAAGAAUGGGAUGACAGACAUCACGAUAGACCACCUGGAACUCACCCAAGAGAAUGGAAUGAUAUGCAUCAAGACAAACCUCCUGGUCCUCACCCAAGGGAAUGGGUUGUCAGAAAUCGAGAUAAGUCUCCUGGUCCUCACCCAAGGAAAUGGGAUGACAUGCGUCAAGACAAACCUCUUGGUCCUCACCUAAGGGAAUGGGAUGUCAGAAAUCGAGAUGAGCCUCCUGGUUCUCACCCAAGGGAAUGGGAUGACAUGCGUCAAGACAAACCUCCUGGUCCUCACCCAAGGGAAUGGGAUGCCAGAAAAAGAGAUGAGCCUCCUGGUCCUCACCUAAGGGAAUGGGAUGACAUGCGUCAAGAUGAACCUCCUGGCUCUCACCCAAGGGAAUGGGAUAGCAGACAUCAAGAUGAACCUCCUGGUCCUCACCCAAGGAAAUGGGAUGACAUGCGUCAAGACAAACCUCUUGGUUCUCACCUAAGGGAAUGGGAUGUCAGAAAUCGAGAUGAGCCUCCUGGUUCUCACCCAAGGGAAUGGGAUGACAUGCGUCAAGACAAACCUUCUGGUCCUCACCCAAGGGAAUGGGAUGUCAAAAAAAGAGAUGAGCCUCCUGGUCCUCACCCAAGGGAAUGGGAUGUCAGAAAUCGAAAUGAGCCUCCUGGUCCUUACCCAAGGGAAUGGGAUGACAUGCGUCAAGAUGAACCUCCUGGUCCUCACCCAAGGGAAUGGGAUAGCAGACAUCAUGAUGAACCUCCUGGUCCUCACCCAAGGGAAUGGGUUGUCAGAAAUCGAGAUGAUCCUCCUGGUUCUCACCCAGGGGAAUGGGAUGCCAGACAUAAAGAUGAACCUCCUGGUCCACAGCCAAGAGAAUGGGAUGCCAGAUAUCCGGAUAAUUCUCUUGGCCCUCCCCCAAGAGAAUGGCAUGACAGACAUCAAAAUGAACCUCCUGGUUUUCUCCCAAGAAAAUGGGAUGGCAGAUAUCGAGAUGAACCUCUAGGUUUUCACCCAAGACACUUGGAGAGACAACGAAUAAGAAAUUCAUUCCAACGAGGGCGAGAUGAAGGAUAUUGGGAUACACCAGAAGAAAAAAGAAAGCAAGCAUGGGAAUCUUACUGGGCAGCGAAAGAGGCUGAUAGGCAGAAAGCUUGGAAAAUGUACUAUGAAAAAAUGGACAGGGAGGAUUGGCGUAAAUGGCACGAAAAACAAAACUAUGGACAAAGGGUUGAUAUCCCAGAUUGGCAUGGUACAGACGAGGAAUGGAGAGCAUUAUGUGAAGAAGAUAGAGAUGAUAUUAGAUACAGAGCCUACCUGGCAGAGUGGAAAGAAUGGCAUAGGCGAGAGGCAUGGAGAAAAUAUGAAGAAUGGAAGUCUCAAGAUGAUGAAGAAGAGAGGAUUUGGAGAGAAGCCUGGAGAAAGUACUAUGAGAAUAAUGAUAGACGAAAAGCUGGAUAUUUGGGAUGGCAACAGACUGAUGGGAUAUAUGAAAAUGAUUAUCAGUUAAUCAGGCAGAACAGACUUGUCUCAAAAACACCACAAAGAGCCUUAGAUGUUAGAAAUAUAGUGACUGAUUCUGAAAAAGGCUCAAAGAUUCAGGAGCCUGUUGCUGGAAGUGUGUUGCCUGAAUUCGACAGUCCAAUUAUUGCCUUGGAUACAAAUUGCUGGUUCUGCAGAGCUUGUAAUAAGACAUUCAGUACAUUUUUAAAAUUGAAAAUUCAUGCAAACAGUGCAACACAUGUGAUGAUGACAUCACAAAAAAAGGAUACCAUAACAACUCCAGUUGAUGAGGUGGAAAAGACAUUACAAACAGAUUACUCGAUACCUCAGAGACUUUCAUUGAAGUACACAGCACUGGAUGAUGAAGAAACAUACUUCUGUCUUGUGUGUAACACACCAUCAAUUAAAGAUAAGGAUAAAGAGAAUCAAUUGAUUUUAAAUAUGACAUCCUCUAAUGUCUGGGAUUGUUCUGUAUGUAAUGAGAAGGUGUUUUCUGCAUUUAUUAAGCAUAUACACGAGUCUAUAAAACACAGGAUUAAUAAAUUUAUCUUGGAAGAACUUGUCAAAACUCUGCAAAUUUUCAAAUCUGAAAAAUAUCUGAAACGAGUGAGAGAAGCCAGUAUUAUCUCAAGAAAUGCAUUUCAUGAUGGACAAGAGAUAAACAGAUUGCAUGAAAUAGAUACAAGUGACAGUGACUAUUCUGAUUCUGAUAUUAUAUCCACAAUUAUGAAAAAACCAUCACCAAUACAAGAAGAUGGUGUAAACAAGUCUGAUAUUUCUGAGGUUCAAGAAAAAUCUACUAGCCAACAAUCUACAGUUGUCACACUUGAAAAUAAAUCUGCAGUCUCCAUGAAAACCAGAAUGAAUGAAUGCUACUUGGCCAUUAACAAUUCAGAUAUCUCUAAGGAAGGGAAAAAAGUCGCAGAGAUAAAAUCUUUUAAGAGUGAGUGUCAGCAGGAAGAUGCUGAUAUCUUAGGACCAAGUGACUCAUCUGUCUUUACUUUAAACACAAUAGAUUGGUUAGCAGAAGCUGAAGGAACCAACAGUCAUGAGAAUGUUACUGAACAAACCAUUGAUGUUAAAUUGUGCAAUUUAGGUGAGAAUGAUAACACAGUUCAUCCGAAUAAAUCACAAACAGGAGCUAUGAACAAUGAAAUACCACUCACAACUGAUAAAUCAUCCAUGAAAACAGGAACUGUGAAAAAAAGGAUGCCACUCAGAAAGCCAAUGAUAAAACUUGUAUUUAAAAAAGACUCAACAGAUGAUGAAGCCAAACACAUCAAUCAGGAAGAAUUAAGGAGUAAUUCUGCUAAGAUUGUAGGUAUGCUGAGUGAACAUGAAGGUACAAGUAAUACUAAGGACAGUGAUGAAAAAAUAAACAAGGCUCUAGAGGAAGUGAGGUCUGGAAGUGUGCAAGUACAAGAAGGUAAAAUUGUUGAGGAAUUAGAAAAAGACAUUUCAUCAGUUACAUCUGUAAUACAAAGUGAUGUAAAACUAGAGAGGACAGAUGAAAAGAUACCUACUGAGGUAGACAUAGAAAAGACAAAUGAAAAACUAUCAAAUGAUGAAUUAGAAAAAGACAUUUCAUCAAUUACCUCUGUAAGACAAAGUGAUGUAAAACUAGAGAGGACAGAUGAAAAGAUACCUUUUGAGGUAGACAUAGAAAAGACAAAUGAAAAACUAUCAAAUGAUGAAUUAGAAAAAGACAUUUCAUCAAUUACCUCUGUAAGACAAAGCGAUGUAAAACUAGAGAGGACAGAUGAAAAGAUACCUACUGAGGUAGACAUAGAAAAGACAAAUGAAAAACUAUCAAAUGAUGAAUUAGAAAAAGACAUUUCAUCAAUUACCUCUGUAAGACAAAGCGAUGUAAAACUAGAGAGAACAGAUGAAAAAAUAACAAUUUUUGGAGUUUUAGAAAGAACAGAGGAAAAGCUACCAUGUUCAGCUCAGAAGAAUGUCGAUGAGCAACCUGACAUUAGAGGACAGAGACAAACAUCAAAUGAAAGUUCAGUUAUAGAACUAGCUGAGAAGGUUCAUGUGGUACAAAGAUCUUCAAGAAGACAACAAAACCAACAGCAAGAGACUGAGACACUUGGUAGAGAACCAGUAAUAUCAUGUUCAAGGGGGUGGAGGGCAAGAGGCCACAAAAGAAAAUAA